AUGCGUAUCGCAAUUGCUGGUGCCGGCGACCUAGCCAAAUACCUCGUGGAAGAACUUCUUGCCGCCUCCCAUGAAGUCGUUGUGCUAAGCCGAAGCUUAAAGCCCUGGUUCGAGCGCCCUGACAUCUCGUUCCGCCCAACCGACUACUCCGUCCCAUCGUUGGCUGCAGCCCUGGAAGACUGCGACGGUUUGGUCUCCGCCCUACUCGACUAUACGCUCGGCAGCGUCACUUCACACCUAGCUCUCUUGGAGGCUUGUCAGAAAAGCCCAAAAUGCAAGCGCUUCAUGCCUUCCGAAUACGGUGGAAACGUUGAUCUUUAUCCCGAGUCACCCGAGUUCUACUACGCAAACCACGAGCCCGUGCGAGAGGCGUUGCGCGCCCAGAAGGAUGUCAUGUGGACUCUUUUCAAUAUGGGCUGGUUGGCUGACUAUUUUGUGUCGCCGGGAUCGCGGUAUAUCAAGGAUAUUGGUGAUUUCCACCCCGUCGACUUCGAGGCGGGCGUGAUCACUAUCCCGGGGACAGGUGAGGAGUUGAUUUCGUUCACUGCUGCGCGUGAUACGGCGGCAGCUAUAGCGCGCCUCAUUGAUCAAGAUGAUUGGGAGGCCACAACUUUUGUAUGCGGUGAAACGACCACCUGGAACAGAGUUGCAAAGUUGCUGGCGGAUCAUGGGAGGGACAUGGAGGUCCGUUAUGUAUCCCUUGAGAGUCUGCGGGACACCAUCAAACAGGGCCAACUGGGUGACGAUGAUGUCACUGCGGCGCAAUAUGCUGAGUUCUCUUUGACUGGUGGAGCUAUCCUACCCAGGAAAAAUUAG